CUUGACUUUAGCACCACCAAUUCUCUAUCAACAAUAGAAAAUUUUCUCUCCUUCUCCUUCUCCUUCUUCUUUCCCCUCAAAUUUUGAGGCUAGAAACAGUAAUGAUGACGAAGGUACAUCCUAACUUCGCUGCUACGGUCACAGACACCGUUGCCAUCAAAGAAACGACGAUCAAGUCAUAUGCUAAUUUAAACGCAGAUGAUGUUACGUUAACUGUUUGGAAGAAGUCUUUGCUUUUCAACUGUAAUGGAUUUACUGUGUAUGAUGCCAAAGGAAACCUUGUUUUUAGGGUAGAUAAUUACAUGGCUGGUUCCGGUACUAAUGGUGAAAUCGUUCUCAUGGAUGCUGGCGGCAAGUCUCUCCUCACCAUUCGCCGCAAGAGACUGAGUCUGACAGAUAAUUGGCUAGUGUAUGAUGGAGAAACAGUGGUGAAUCCUCUCUUCUCGGUGAAGAAGCACAUGAACAUCCUUAACAAUAAGUGUUUAGCUCAUGUAAGCUCAGGUACAACUAGUAAUAAAAUCGCUAAUGGAAAGAACAUAGUGUAUGAAAUAGAAGGAUCCUACACACAACGGAGCUGUGCAGUGUAUGAUGAGAAAAGGAGAAUGGUGGCAGAAAUCAAGCAGAAAGAGGCAGUUGGAGGAGUGGCGUUUGGUAUUGACGUGUUUCGGCUUAUUGUAGGGCCACAAAUGGACACAUCGAUAGCCAUGGCUAUCGUUAUCCUCCUUGACCAGAUGUUCGGUUCUUCUAAACGCUUUUCCACAUAUUAGAUGCAAAUAUAAAUCAAAAUGAGUUAGUAUAGUGAAUAGAUCCUUACAUCGCUGAGGAUCACUAUAGGAAUCAAGAACUCGUAGCAGCACCAAGUCUGCUGCCAACCCUACAUCCAUUACCAUUAGAAGUCCUUUUUAUGCAAAUUCUCAAAUCCCCAUUUUCUAUCUUUUUUUUCUUACUUUUAUGGGGUAUUUAGCUUGGUUUUUUCCUUUUAAAUAAAAAACCAAGUUAUAAGUAGAGAUGUACAUGCAUUUUUAUCUUCAACAAAACAAAAAUUUUCUUUUACUUUUUUCAGUUUUUUAGGGGCUGGAGUGUGUGGAGUCUCUUUUCGUUUGAUGUAAUGUAAUGCUAUUUUCUCUUUGUAGAAAUUCAAAAUAAAAUUGGAUUGAUUUCCAAUGAGACUUGAUUUAAUAAAAAAAAGUUAGUUUAGAAUAUUA